AUGUUGCGAGUACCUUCCCCUCUGUCUUCGCAUUUGAACGUCAUUGAGUCAAAUCUCUCCACCAGAUUGUUGUUAUUGUUCCUCAUAACUAUCGCAGCCCCCUACCCAGAUGGUGCGGUUUCCAAUGCUGAUAACUAUCCACUCCCAGGUUCUCGUUUGCUGGAGUGCCGCGAACUGCAUGCAGAGAUGACAACCGUAAAUCCGCAACGGCAGUGUCCACUAUUCCGGAAAUUCAGCUCAGAAGUGCGACCACCUCCGCUGCUGAGACGAGAUGAACGUAUUCGUUCAAUGACAUGUUCGUUCGAAGAAAUUGCUGAGUCGGAAGAAGAAGGUACUCAGCUUUCCGAACGAACUCAAGCCGGAGGAAGAUCGCCUUUUGCGGUCUCUGUGCAAUCUCCAUUUCCACAACGACGUGGUAAUUCGCCACAGAAUCUGAGCCCUACUUUGCAAAAAAAGCUCGUUGCACCUCGGUUAUGUCGCGGUUUCUCGGACCCAGCCAUUCGUCGAAAACCGUCCCCAACACAUAUGUUCAACUCGAUGAGCCCGGACCGACACGACAGUGUUACAGAUCUACUGAGCUUGCCGCCUAUUCCCGAAGCAGCCGCUCCAUCGUCAUCAUCACCGGAUUUGAGGGAUGAAAGCGAGUAG